UUUUUUCUCCUCGCGCUUCUCUCCUGGUCUCGACAAGUUUUUCGUUUCUCUUCCUCUCUGACGGCACUACGCCGCCUGCAGGCUCUGUCUCCUUCGCGGGUGAUCGUCUUGCCUCGCGCGUCGAGCGCCAACCUCCUUUCUUCUCCUACACGUUUCGUUGUCGUUCUGCACAUUCUUCUCCCCGUAUCCCUCUUUCCAUCUUUCCAUCUUUCCAUCUUUCCAUCUUCGUCCACCGCUCUCUGUUUGGUCCUUUCCUUCUUUCUUUUCUUCUUUCUUCCCCUCUUUCUGUUUUUCCUCUUCCUGUCUGUGUCUCUUUCGCGACCUCCGUCCAUGUAUCCUUGCAUCUUGUACGCUUAUUAUUGGAGGCGACAGCACCUGCGAAGUCCUUUCUUCAGAGGACGCAGCGAACCUCCUCUGAAACUUUGUGUCAGCGCUAAGUCUGAGAAGCAGCGAACCGUGGGGAAGACAAAGCAUUUGCUCCGAGAGGCGCGAGACCGAAACGCACCAUGCAGCUGCUGCUGUCAAAUACUCUCUCUUCUUCCCGCUCUCAGCUCAUUCCCUCUCAUCUGUGUACCUCUUCUGAGCUCUCGCCUUUCUUUCUGAGACGUUUUCCGGCUCUCCACUUCUCUUGCCUCGCUCGUUCGUUUCUCGUUCUCUCUCUUCUCUCCUCUUUCGCAGCGGCUUCUUCGCCUUCUCUUUCUCCUCCGUCUUUCCUUCAACCUCCUUCCUCUGCUCUCUCUUCUCUCUCUUCUCCAUUUUCUUCUUUCUCUUCUCUCUCCACUACCUUUUCGUCUUCUCCCAGUUCUUCGCUGAAUUCGCAUCGAUUGUUAAAGCCAUCGGGAUGGUCAGGGAAGAGGCGGUAUCUCAGUCCUUCCUCUCAAAAGGAAGGAAGAAGUCUCGUAAAACAUAGUUUUUUCCUCCGUUCGGAAGGCUUCGGGGAGCUUGCGAGACGCAGCGAUGGCCUCGCAAUGACAGAUGGCGAGUCCGUGGGGUGUAUGUACACCCCAGGGCACGUCUCGCCGUACACGGUUUCGGAUGGGAGUUCGUUUCCAGGUCGAGAGGUCUCGGAGACGCUCGACCGCUUCUUCCUCCGUCGGCGAGUCCUGUUCCUCCAAGGUCCGUUGACUGACGAAUUGGCGUCUUUCCUCGCUUCUCAGCUGCUCUUCUUGGCGGCGCAUGCAGAGGACGAGAAGGGAGGACGCGACGAAGGAGAGAGAAAGGAAGACGAAGAAGACGACAGAGGACAAGACCGGAACAGGGCGUGGAGGUCGGACGAGAGAGUCUUCUGUGUGUCCUCCCAGAGAGACCGACGUUUCGCGUCUCCGCAUGACAGAAAGCGACGUCGACAGAUGCCCUUCUUCUCCUCGCUCUUUCCAGACUCCUGCACAGAAUCCGAGUGCUUGACUUCAAGGAGACAACAAGAAAGUGAACAGAGACAGACGACCGCCUCUUGUCUUCCUCCUGUUGACCUUCUCAUCAACUCCCCGGGGGGAUCGGUGACAGCAGCGCUGAGCCUCUUGGAUCUCCGUCACUCGCUGCCUUUUGAAGUCCACACCACAUCCAUCGGUCAGGCAGGGGGCGUCGCGGCGCUUCUCCUCGCUGCGGGGACGCCCGGGCAUCGCCGCGCGUUUCCUUCCUGCCGCUUUUCUCUUCGACAAAUCGAAGGUCGCGUCGAAGGCCAGGCGGAAACGAUUGAGCGAGAAACCGCCGAGAUCGAAAGCGUCCAGCGCCUGGUGUACAGACACCUCGCGGCGUUCUGCACUCGGCGCGGUCCAGGAGAUCGCGGGAGCGAACGAGAGAGCCAUUCAGAAAGGGGAGAAGCGGGGGAGGACAGAGAACGGCUUGCGAAGAGGGAGAAAGAAAUUCAAGAGGACUGCGAGAACGAAUUAUUUCUCAGUGCGGAACAAGGCGUGGAGUAUGGACUCAUCGACCAGGUCAUCCAACCUCUCAGAGGCAGGCCUCAUUGAAGUGAAAUCGAUACCCGAUGAAAACCGCAGAUUCCGCUUUUUUUCCGAGGGUCCCCACCGUUGCAACUUAUAUCCUUAUCUCUACAGAGAGAUAUAUUACGUCCCUGACUGUACAUACAUAUAUAUAUAUUUAUAUUUAUUUAUAUCUAUUUAUAUAUAGGGAUUGUGGGUGUAGGUGAUUUGGUAGAUCCAGGGAAAGUGAAGGCACAGGUAUUGGGUAUUUCCUUCUCCUUCGUGAGUGUGGGUGGGGGCGAAAAAACCGGUACGUUUUUCGAUGCAUGCAUUGCCGACUGGCGAGAACUCCGAACUUCUCCACAGUUUUGACGAGCUUCGCAGUGCCGAGUGUGUCUUUCACUCUAUUUCCGAGAAGCCGUAAGCAACUGUUAGU